AAUCUGUUUUCCUAAUAGGUUACAGGGGUAGCAGUUUUGGAAAGGUUAGGAAACACUGAUCUAGAGGGAGAAAACGAACCCAAUUACUAAGUCUGUCUGUUAUCGCUAUAUCAACAAAUAAAUUUAAAGAAUCAAUCCAUGUAUCCACACAAACGAGAUACGAUUUUAUGCCGUCAACCUUUGUGUGCCCUGAUUCGACAUGUACUUACUUGGCCAGCUUUUCCUUAUUUAUUCUCUAAAGUUUUUAAUAGCUGUUCUGUGGUUUAAAAUAAAUAUUUGAAACCUUAUUUAUUUAUUUAAGGGAAGUAAUUUUUAAUUUUAUAAUAAGUCGACCUACUGUCUAAUGUUCACUUGUACUAUCAUUAAUCACACACUGCUUUUCAAUUUAACAAUACACCAACCGUUUCUGUUAGCAGUCACCAACAGAAAGUGGAUGCGUAUAAAAGGUUUCCUUAAUAAUUAUAUUCUUAAAUAAAUAAUUAACUAUAUUCAGGUAUAUUAAAAAUAUGUUCAAGUACUUGACGGCGCUGAUGUCUUUAGUAAAUUUGGCACAGCAAGAAGUGGUGACUACAGCCCAGGGGAAAAUACGAGGCGUGGUUCAACAAGGAUUUACAUCCUUUAUGGGGAUACCAUACGCUUCGGUCAACGAAGUUGAUGGUCGGUAUAAGCAAGCUGGCUUAGCACCAAGUUGGUCUGGUAUUAGAGAGUCUCAACAGUGCCGAUGUUCCGAAACUUCGCGCAUCGAAGAGUGUCUCCAACUGGAAGUGCAUGUCCCGGACAGCGGAGCAUCGCCGCCGUGGCCCGUCCUCGUGUGGAUCAGGGGAGGCAGUGGACGCUACGACCCGGGUCAGGUAGUGCGGCGAGAGGUAGUCGCAGUCAUUGUCAGUCACAGAUUAGGGACGACAGGAUUUUUAUGCCUUGGUGAAGAACGUAUACCAGGAAACGCGGGCGUAAAAGAUGUCAUAGUCGCACUGCGUUGGGUCAGAGAUAACAUCAGCGCCUUCAAAGGCAACCCUCACACUGUGGUGAUCGCUGGACAGAGCUUCGGCGCAGCAAUGGUAGAGGCUUUGGUUCUCUCACCCAUGUCGCAAGGGCUGUUUCAUGGAGCAAUUAUACAAAGCGGAAGUAUUUUGAGUCCUUGGGCGUUCAACUACGACGCCAAAGAACGUGCGACUGUUCUGGAAAUCACAGAUAGUGGAGAACACAUUGACAUAAUGUCAGCCAAUCUCGACACACUAGCGCACAGCUCAAACAAGAUCGAGUAUCCAUAUUUCCCUUUCGCGAUGUGCGCUGAAAAUCCAUUUAGACGUCAAGAGAUGUUAUUAUCAGAUCCGCCUCACAGACUUUUAUCUGAUAGUGCUUUAAGAAAAGUUCCCUUAAUUAUAGGAUACAACAGCUACGAAGGUUAUGUGUUCGUUUCGAAUUUGAAGAAAAAUAAUAUCCCAACAAAAGUUAGGCGCGAUUUAUCUGUACUGUUGCCUGAAGAGCUCAAGUUUUCAGAGGACAUUGAAAUUAAGGGAGUUGUUGAACAAAUACUUAAUUUUUAUUUCAGGAACAAUAACUAUACAAUGGCAACGUUAAUUUUAUAUCACAGUGAUGCAUACUUCGCAAGUCACGUCUAUAGAAGCUUACGUUUACAUGCUGCGUCGGAUCUACCCAUCUACUUCUACCAGUUCUCGCACUCAGCGGAACUCGGAGUGAGCUCAGUUCACGGGGAGAAGAAGCAAGGGGCGGCACAUUCUGACGAACUGGCCUAUUUGUUUCCGGAAAAAACCAAUCGUUUCGAUAGUGAUAAUUCAAUAGUCCAAAGCAAUUUGAUUCUACUGUGGACGAACUUCGUGAAACAUUUAGAUCCAAACGGGAUGGAUAGAUCGAUUUCGUGGGAACGUUUUGAGUUACAAAAUCCUCGACUCAUGGACAUUAGCUCUGAACUAAUGAUGAGAAAUAUACCACGGCUUGAUGCAAUGCAGAUGUGGGACGAUAUUUAUAAUAGAGGAGGUCUGGAAGUAGAUGAAACGGCCGCUCAUGUGAUCCUGGAAUGCACGAGCGUUGCAGAACACCGGGCAUCAAUCCUCAGGAAGCCGAGGACGCUCCUAGAAGCCUUUGAGAGCCCCAGGAGGCUACUGCGCUUCUGGAAGGAGCUGGGCUGGCCGAGCUAA